UUUUUAAAUAAACUAUAAAAAUAUGACUCAACAAAAUGAAACAGAAACUUUAAACGCGUUAGAACAUUUAAUGAAUGAAUUCUUCAAUCCACAUACCGGUAACAUUCGUAAACGUGAAAUUGAAUCGCAAUUAGAAUCAUUUAGCAAUCAAAGAGAUUCUUGGAAAUUAUGUUUGUAUUUUAUGACACAUUCCGAAAAUCACUAUGUCUGCAUGUAUUCGAUGACAUCAAUUGAGUCAACAAUAAAUCGACAAUGGACAGGAUUUACUUGGGAAAAUCGUACUCAAUUGAAAUCCGAAAUUUGGCAGUAUUUGACAAGACAAUAUGCAUCAAACACUAACACAAAUCCUACGUUUCUUAGAAAUAAAUUGGCUAAGUUGAUUGUGGACAUUGCAAGACAUGAUUGGCCUCAUUUCUAUCCUGAUUUCUUCAAUAACAUUAUAGAAUUACUUCACUCUGAACAAGGGCGUGUCUUAGGACUCAUUUUAUUGCGUACUGCAAGUGAAGAGCUAGGGAAGCCUCGUGAUGAUCUAAGUUCUUUACGACGUGUGGAAUUAAGUCGUUUAAUGCAAAUGCACGCCAAUCCUGUUCUACAGAAUUUAACGAUUUUGCUACAAAAUAUCGCAAGUAAAAAAGGUAUUACCGCGACGAAGACACCGCCACCUUCACCGACGCAUCCAAGUUAUGUUCCAAAAACACCUUCAUUGUCAGAGGCUUCGACUUUACGUCCUGAUUCACGAGAAAUUUGUUUUGAGGUUUUAAUGGCGUUGCAACAUAUAUUUUCAUGGGUUCCAUUGACUGAGAUCAAUACGUCAUUGAUCAAAACAAUAUUUCAUUUUGCUACGUCCAUGUCAUAUACGCAGGAAGAUGACAACAUAUGUGUUUUAUCAUUAACAACUUUAUCCGAACUAUUGUAUCGUAAAGCUAUUCCACCAAAUUGUGAACCCUUAUUAUUGGAAUUAAGUAGCGGUGCCAUGCAAUUAUUAUCACAUAUCGUUAAUGAUUCUUCGGUAAACAGUCUUAUGGAAUCAUUAAGUAAUAGCUUCAUCGAAAAACUAACGGAAUUUUUACAAUUGCUGGUCGAAGUACAUCUGCACCGUUUAGAAGCAAAUUCAUCAUUUCCUAUAAUAGAUUUUAUAAAUUUAUUGUUUCGGUAUACGUUUCAACAGACUACAAUCUGCCAAUUUAUACCAUGCUUGGGAAUUUGGACAUCAUUUUUAAAACAAAUCAAACCAAAAAAUGAUGUAAUUAGGUCGACAAAUAAAGGUUUUGGAAAAUUGGAAUCUCCCUUUAAAUAUUCCGAUAUUGUUUAUGGAUUAACAAAUGGCGUAUUAAAUAAAAUUCAAUAUCAAUUUAAUCAUGCCGAAUUGAAUGACUUAGAUACAGAAGUUCAUGAAAAUGAGAUUGAAUCAGAAUUUCAACAAUUUAUAUGUCAGUCAAUAGAAUUACUUGCACUUGUUGCCGAAAUUGUGCCAUUGCAUUUAUUAAAUUUAGUGGCUUCCUCAUGGUAUCAGCGUUGUGAAAUAUAUCUAAGAUUAAGUUCAUCUUUAGAUCAAAUCAAUCACAAACUAAAUAUAGAAAAUAAGGAACAAGAAACACAAUUACAUUUUGUUCUAAAAGAUUUCGUUACAUUGACUCAGUUAUUAAGUCGAUUAGCAACUUGUUUUAUGGAUGAAGAAGAGGAUCACUUUCAAUCAAGUGUGGACACAGUUAAGAAUUUCUUCUCAAAACUAGUUACAACAUUAUUUUAUUCGAUCGAAUAUCGAUUGUAUAAUGUUCAAACUACACUUCUUUUACAUUCAGAUCUUGUUGAAGUUAUAUCAAAUUUAUUUACUGGUAUAACUUCAUGGUGUUUGUGGCCAUUAUUUCGUACUGAUAUUCGUUCCGGUCAAUUAGGAUGUGAAUUAAUUCAAUGUUGUGUACAAUUAUUUUUGGUAUCACAUUCUGCACAAACAAAUGAACAGCUUGUUCCUGAUAGUUUAAUACGAUUUGUUGCCUUAUUAUUUUUACGAUUAUCAACUAUGUCAUCACCUGAAGUAUUUUUAUCAUUAACAUCAAUGUCUGAAUUAAUUCAAUGUGCUUCAAUUAACAGCAAAUUAGAAUCUGAGACUGCUGGAAUAAUUCGUCAUGCAUUAUGUAAUGUUGCCAUAAAUCAAAACACAAAUUCAAACAUAUCGGAAAAUUCAUUACGAUCACAAUUAUUAGCGAAUUUAGUUGAAGGAUUAGUUGGACCAUUGCGUAAUUUACAAAUGGAACGAAUUGAUCCGCAACAAGCAAAAACAAUUGUCGAAUCAAUUAUACCACAAUAUAUAUCGUUUAUCGAUCAAUAUCGUAAUCAUAAUUCAGCUGUCAAAAAAUUAUUAUGUUCCGGUAUUAAAGAAUCUGUUGAAAUUUUACUCCUAUCAUAUCCUAGAUAUGCGAAUUAUGGGGAAAUUAAUGAUUGUAUUUUAGCUUUAUUUCUGACUGUGUUGGGUGUUCUGAGACAACAAUUAGGAGUUGAAUUCACUAAAAAAACUGUGCAAAUAUUUUUAGAUGUAACGUUAAGCAAACAAAGUGAUAGCAAUGUAUCAGGAAUGGAUAAAUUAUUACAAAUUUUACAAUUAAUUGUUGAAGAACCAGGAAUUUCAUUCCGUUGUUUAUUACCCAGUGUAAUUGGAUUAUGUUUACAAACUGCAUUACCUAUAGUUGUUACACGAACGUCUGAAUUGCCAGAUUUAGCGACUGCAUUGUUUAAACUUCUUCAUAGUAUAUUAUUAAAUCGUUGGCAAUUUUUUAAUCAAUCACAAGUACGAUUAGGACAUUCACCAGGUGCUAGUGAUACAUUAAUGCGAGAGGAUGUAUUACAAAAUAGUGAACAAUUAAUUGAAAUAUUACAAGCAUUUGGUAAUGCUUUAUUACAAUCUGACAUCAAUAUAUUUAAAUUAAGUUUGACCUGCUUGGAAAAUUUAAACGUUAAAUGGAAGUUAUAUCAUAAUGAAUUGUUCCGUAAACAGUUGUUAUCGCAAUUUUUAACAGUAUUAUUACAAUCGUUACUUGCCAAAUCUCAUGCACUCUUAGCUGAUGAAAUUACUUUAGCUAUUUGUAACAUGGCCACUGUUGAUUUUCAAGCAUUUGUAUUAACAUUCCUACCGAAUUUUUUGAAUGGUACCGAAGGAUUGGAUGAUCAUCAGAAGGAAACAUUGUUGAGAAAUUUUAGUCAUGAAUCGGAUACUCCAACGUUAUCACAAAAUGUUUCACGUUUAAUAACUGAUAUGCGCUGUUAUCGGAUAUGUAACGCCUGUUUACAGCCAGGAACAGUUUUACUCUAGUCAAUAUUUGCCUUUAUAAAGAUAAUUUCAUAUAUAAUUUGCGUUUGUUUUGAAAGCUAUCGUAAUCACACAUCAUAUCGUUUACAUUUGUGUCUCCUUGUUAAGAUAUAGUUCGGAAAAGAAAAAAACAUACGUCGAAAGCAAAAAAUUUAUCUGCUGUGGAUACGAAAGUCUUCAAUACGAAUGCACUUUUAGUAUUAUAAAAUAAAAAUUUUAUUUAUCGUUCAAUGGAUGAAGUUGUUAAGUGACCAAGUAUUUUUUCAAAACGAAU